AGACAGAGGGUGAGCCUGGCUCGAGCUCUGUACAGUGAUGCUGAUGUCUAUCUGUUGGAUGAUCCGCUGUCCGCGGUGGACGCCCACGUGUCCAAACACAUCUUUGACAACCUGAUCGGCCCAGAAGGGGCUCUGAAGGGCAAGACACGCAUCCUGGUGACACAUGGCAUCAGCUUCCUGCCUCAGGUGGAUAAUAUAAUGGUGAUGGUGGAUGGCCGGGUGUCAGAGAUGGGCUCCUAUCAGGAUCUCCUCAAGCAGAACGGAGCAUUCGCAGAGUUCCUCAGAAAUUAUGCCCUGGAGGAUAAUAUGGAGGAGGACGAGGCCAGCGAUGAGAUCAUUGAAGAUGACGAAUUGUUCCCCGACGACGCCCUUAGCAACCACACAGACAUGGUGGACAGUGAACCAAUGAUCAAUGAAGCUAAAAGAAGUUUUAUAAGGCAGAUGAGCAUUAUGUCCUCAGACGGAGAGAACCCCAGGUCCCGUUCAGUGAGGAGACAUGGCUGCAGCCAGCGAAAACAUUCAGAGACGCAAGACAAGAAGAAACCGCGCGAGAUGGAGAAACUCAUCCAGGCAGAAACAGCAGAAACCGGCCAGGUGAAAGGAAAGGUGUACCUGGAGUACGUCAAGGCAGUCGGAAUACUGCUGUCAGUGGUCAUCUGCUUCCUGUACGGCUGUCAGAGCGCUGCCUCCAUCGGAACAAACAUCUGGCUCAGCGAAUGGACCAAUGACGCCGUGACGAAUAGCACCAUGGAAAAUGUUCAGAUGAGGGUGGGGGUGUACGCGGCACUGGGGUUUGCACAAGGUAUCCUGAUCAUGAUUGCUUCCUUCACAUUAGCCAUGGGGAACAUCGGUGCAGCCAAGAAGCUGCACUUUAACCUGCUCACCAACAAAUUCCACACGCCCCAGUCUUUCUUUGACACCACCCCUAUAGGACGCAUCAUCAACCGCUUCUCCAAGGACAUCUACGUGAUAGAUGAGGCUCUGCCGUCCACUGUGCUCAUGUUCCUGGGCACCUUCUUCGUUUCUCUCUCCACUAUAUUAGUUAUUGUUUCCAGCACACCCAUUUUUGCUGUUGUCAUAGUACCCCUGGCUGUCAUAUACGUCUUUGUCCAGGUACUUGGGUGGGGUCGGGUGGCAGUGUGGCUCAUGUGCCAAAUGUGUCCUCUCAGUUCUUCGCGCUAUUGUGUUGUCACACCUGACCCCCUCCCCUCCUGUCUCGCAGGUGCGCUGCUGUUGAUUAACUGCCUGCUGUGCCGGGCCUACAGUAUGCUGCAGGCAGCCAAGCUCACACACCGCAACUUACUUCAGGGGGUCCUGCGAGCUCCGCAGGGCUUCUUCGAGAGCACCCCUACUGGGCGGUUACUAAACCGCUUCAGCAAAGAUGUGGAUGCUAUAGACUCCCAGAUCCCAGACAAUAUUGACAUAUGGAUGCGCACUUUCUGGUACACACUGAAUGUGCUGCUCAUAUGCUGUGCCCUCACCCCAAUGUUCCUCAUAGUCAUAGCUCCGUUAAUGGUGUUCUAUUGGUGGGUUCAGAGAUUUUACGUUGCCACGUCUCGGCAGCUAAAGCGUCUGGAGUCGGUCAGCCGCUCUCCCAUAUACUCCCAUUUCUCUGAGACCAUCACUGGCUGUAGUGUAAUCCGAGCAUAUGGCAGGCACUCUGCCUUUGUUCUGAUGAGUGAUAUCAAAGUGGAUGAGAACCAAAAGAGUUACUACCCUGGUAUAGUGUCAAACAGGUGGCUCGGAGUGCGAAUUGAGUUCAUUGGAAACUGCAUUGUGUUGUUUGCUGGCCUGUUUGCGGUGACAGGAAAGGACAGUCUUAGUCCCGGCCUCGUGGGUCUGUCGGUGUCCUAUGCUCUACAGGUGACCAUGUCUUUGAACUGGAUGGUGCGGAUGACUUCAGAACUGGAGAACAACAUAGUAGCAGUGGAGAGAGUGAAGGAGUACUCUGAGACCAAGACAGAGGCCCCCUGGGAGGUGGAGGACAAGAAGCCCCCACCUGAAUGGCCCAUGCAGGGGAACGUGGAGUUCAACGACUACAGCGUUCGGUACCGAGAGGGACUGGACCUCGUUCUGAAGGACAUCACGCUAAAAGUCAAGGGAGGAGAGAAGAUCGGUAUCGUAGGUCGUACGGGGGCCGGCAAGUCUUCGAUGACGCUCUGCCUCUUCAGAUUGCUGGAAGCUGCAGGAGGCGAGAUCACCAUCGACAACGUGAAGAUAUCAGAGAUAGGCCUGCACGACCUGCGGUCUAAACUCACCAUCAUUCCACAGUCAGAGGGAGGAGAGAACCUCAGUGUGGGCCAGAGGCAGCUAGUGUGUUUAGCUCGAGCCCUCUUGAGGAAGACCAGGAUCCUCAUCCUGGAUGAAGCUACUGCUGCUAUCGACCUGGAGACAGAUGACCUCAUCCAAUCCACCAUCAGGACUCAGUUUGAAGACUGCACCGUCUUCACCAUUGCACACAGACUCAACACAAUAAUGGAUUACACAAGAGUGCUGGUGUUGGACAAGGGACGGAUAGCUGAGUUUGAUACUCCUACAAACCUUAUAUCUAAGAGAGGAAUCUUCUACGGCAUGGCUAAAGAUGCAGGACUGGCACAGUAGAACUGCCUUUUUGUCCCGAUGUUGUAAACCAGAGUCUGGAAUUCAGCUCAGUUCACUUGACUCUGAGUCUGUUUGAAACCUGGCAGUGGAACUGAAGAAUACUUUCUGUGUGCACUUGUUAUCAUUUUCAGGAACCUUAUUGCUCUCUUUGAAUGACGCCCGAGCUCCUCUGCAGACUUGGGUCAUUUAGCACUUGCAAGUAGUUGCAGCGUCUGUCAAAAACACAUCAGGACAUAAACAAAUGUUUCAGUAGGAAGUUUCUGGCUCUGAUUGUCCUGCAAGUAAAAAAAAAAAAGCCAUAAGUGCAAAUGUCAUUUGAGCCAAGUCUGCUCUCUAGUGCCUUCUGCCAGUGGGAUAAAGAAAGCCAGUGAAUGUAUCGUUUUCUAAUCGGCUCUCUGCUGCAAAACAAACAACACGACAACAAAAAAAGGAGGACCUUUUUAAUUACAUAUUUUCUACAAAGAAGAAUAACGUGCCACUGUACCUUUCACAUGAGAAAAACUCUACAUUUUUGUGAUGAACCCACUUAUUUUUGUACUGCACUAUUAUUUAAGCUACUUUUAAAGAAUUGUCUUAUCUAGGGAAGUGUGCUCAGUUACUUAUGUGAUUCUUCUGUGAACCAAAUCUAUAAAAACUUGAAUUAUGUACCACCAAAAUAUGAAAUAUGAAAAUGCCUUUGUAUAUAAAAAAGGAAGAACGAAAUUGUUGUGCUGUCUUUAAAUGGUGCUGGCGUAUAAAA